CCCACUUCCUUUUUUCCGAGGGGUUGGAUUGCAAGCGACCGGCACGGACGGGGCAAGCGGGGACCGGUUCUCAGUCGCAUUCGCUGCUGCGCGGGACGCGGCAGUCGCGGACGCUCUGAUCCGGGACGCGGUCAGUCUUACAACGGUCCACACAGGCAAUGGCCGCCGAGCCGAAGAGGCCCCGAUGAUGGUCACGUGAGUUGCCUCCCGAACUCCGUUAUCGUUUGGACAAGAGAUCGAGCUUCUGCCGUGAGCGACCGACAAGCACCAAACAGGAGCCAUGUUUUACAUGCUGGUGGCCCCGCUCCACCGUGCGGUGAAGAUCAACCGCAUCGUGUUGGACAACCAGAUCUUCAGGCUACACUACAAGGCGACGUCGCUGUUGCUGCUCAUGUUCAGCAUCCUGGUGACCAGCGCCCAGUACUUCGGGGACCCGAUCGACUGCAUCAACCACGACUCAGUUCCCGCCAACGUCAUCCGCACGUUCUGUUGGAUCCACUCGACCUUCAAUAUCCCGGCCGCCUUCAAUGCUACAGUGGGCGUCGAUGGCGUCCCGCACCCGGGCAUCCAGAAGUACACGCCGGACGAGCACCGGCGCUACUACGGCUACUACCAGUGGGUCUGCAUGGUGCUCUUUCUGCAAGCCGGCUGCUUCUACGUGCCUCGCUACCUGUGGAAGUGCUACGAGCAGGGGCUCAUUCGGAGCCUCGUCCAAGACCUGGACUGUCCGAUCAAAGAGAGCACGGACGUCUGCCAAAAGACAGAGGCCAUUGCGCGCUACAUGCGCAACCACCUCGAUAUGCACCACAAGUACUUCUUUGUGUACGUCACCAGCGAGGUGCUGAACUUUGUCAACGUCGUCGGGCAGAUCUUGCUGACCGAUGCUUUUCUCGGCAACAUGUUCACCACAUUCGGCACGGACGUGUUAAAGCACCAUGAGAUUGACCCCGAUCAGCGGAAUGACCCGAUGGUCUGGGCUUUCCCUAGGAUGACCAAGUGCUCGUUCCAUCUGUUCGGCAGCUCAGGCGACGUGAUGAAGCAUGACGCUCUCUGUCUGCUGGCCCAGAAUAUCAUCAACGAGAAGAUCUACAUCUUCCUCUGGUUCUGGUGGGUCAUCCUAGCGUUCCUAACGGGAGUGGAGCUGGGCUACCGGGUCAUCACGAUCGCUCUCCCCAAGGUCAGGGAACUGAUUCUGAGGUACCGCGCUAGGAUGGCUGACAGACGCAUGCUCGAAUCGGUCUCCAAGCGCGUCAGCACGUCUGACUGGUUCGUCUUGUACAUGUUGUGCAAGAACAUGAACCCAGUGCACUAUCGCGCUUUUAUCAACGAGCUGGCCAAGUCAAUGGAAGACGACGAGUACGGCAAGAGAUUGCUAGGCUCUGAUACGUCGAACACAAGCACAGUUUGAUGAAGACUUCAGGCUCUUCGUGCCAACAGGUCAAACUUGUGGCGUUGUUUCGGACUACGCGCGCCGUCGCGUCAAGUUUUACGGUAAACACUGAUGCCAUAGCGCUUUAAAUAUUUUAAAUAUUCAUUAGCCGUGUUAAAUCGGAUUCAGUUAUUGAUAGGAAGGCAUACAUAUGGGUAGCUGUUUCAGGACGAUUGCCCUGAAAGGAGCGCCAGGUUGCACGUAACCGUUGGAGCUACUCAUUACAACACCUCAUUCAAUUGACAAACACUACAAAACACUGGUUUGAAUUUAGUUUUUAGAAGUUGUCAAUGAACAACGCUGCCCCUCCUUUCCUGCCCGUAGAAGGUGGGAAAGCAAUGGCGUAUCACUACUUUCAUUUUAGCGUCGUUGCAGGUCGGCAACUUUUAGCAAGGGUAGGCUAUGGGUGCAAUGUGCUGGCCCGAUUUCUAGCUACAAAUCCGAGAAUCGGACUUGCUCUCAGCCAGAAAGUGCUUUCAGUGUACCUUGCCGAUUGUGUCCUCCGUAACUUUUUUAUGCAACCAGAUAGUUUUGUCUUAAGGAUCUCUAAACUAAGGGGGGGGGGGGGGGGAGGGAGGGAGGGAGUAUAACUGGAAGAGAUGCGCAUGGAGGAAUAAAAUGCUUGGAGUAUCGAUGUGUGCCUACAUGAGUAUCUAAAGCGUCACAAAUUUAUGCCAUCUUCGCGCGGAGCUGCACCACAGGAAUGAAUGAGAUUGUAUGUUCGGGGUGUCUACUUGUUUCAUCAUGUAUACCAGGGUAUUUGUAUGUGUGUAAAAGCUUCUAGGUCAUGAUAAGAGAUUCGUGCUUCCUAUAUGUUUGUAUGGGUUUAUAGCAUUUUCCAUGUCUAUUUAAACGAUAUGAAUGUGUCUUUGGUUAAGGCAAAGUGUCUGCUGUCAGCGCUGUGUACUGCCACUACGUCAAGAGUUGUGAUGGUUGCAGAAAUGACGGUACGCAACGUAGCCCGGCGUUCCGUACAGAGAUGUGUAAAUGGUUGAGCAGCCUGUUACAAUUUUCAGGACUUUCGUCCGAAAAAAAAAAAUAAAGAAUAAACGACCGAUUUUCGGUCAAAAUUUUAUGUUGGUCGGCCUGAAAUGUUGAGACAUGUGCAAUUAAGUGCUGCUGGGUUUGUGCUUUUCUCGGUGCGAUGCAUUCGACGAAUUAAAGUCAAAUCAAAUUUGCAAUCACAA